CGAAUCGGCGUCCGUAGAUUAUCCCCGUCCGCCGGAGAAGACACGCAUCAGUUCCACUAGCGGGCUAGUAACUUAGUAUGGAGUGCUACUCUCCUCACUGCUUCUAGUACUGAAUUUACUUGUCCAUGUGGACCCCUCAUAUGCCUUAUUUGGAUUGCUCCGGACGGAGUCUCGCAUAAAUGGCGGAAGUUGAGAAUGGCUCUGCCGAUGAGCCAACCCAAACACCUCCGGCUCUGUCGCAGGCAGACAACAAAGAGCAUGGGGUAGAUGUUUCCACGCACUCCGAAACCCCCGAUGCUGUCCAAGAGGACAAGCCCACGCUCCCCGAGGAGAUGGAAUGCCUAAAAAUCGAUGUGGAUGAUUCACAAGGUCACAAGCAAGUACAAAGCGAAUUGGACCCUACUGAACCUACUGAGCCUGUAGAAACACCUUCAGCCCCCGCGAAGGACGCUGUCGAGCCCCCAGCAUCCGAACAGUCGGAAGCGAAGGAUGAAAACGCAGACAACACACAAGACGGUGGACAGGAUGUUAGUCUCGAACAGAGCUCUCCCGACGAGAACCCAGAUAUAGAAUCUGUACCGCCUCAAGAUGUACCUGCCCCGGACUCUCGCGUGCGCUCAGAUUCGAGAUCAACGACUGCUACAUUUGCAACACACCGUUCAGUUCCCGUUAGCUCCACUGUCUUCAUUGUAACAGCGCUUGACACCAUUGGCGCAUCCCGAGAAGCCCGGAGAACCAAAGAAUUAGAGGACGCCGUGAAGAGUGCGAUUGCGAAUGUAAAGCAAUCGGAUGGCCAACCCAUAGAUCCGGAAGUUAUCUUUCGCCCUUUACUUCUUGCAACCAAGACUCUUAGUGUCCCUCUGCAAGUAACAGCACUCGAUUGCAUAGGGAAACUUAUCACCUAUUCAUACUUCGCUUUCCCUAGUGCUCAGGACGGCAAUGUCUCCCAAACCGAACCCACGCAAGAGUAUCCACCGCUGAUUGAACGAGCUAUCGAUGCGAUCUGCGACUGUUUCGAAAACGAAGCUACGCCCAUCGAGGUCCAACAACAAAUACUAAAAUCACUCCUUGCGGCAGUUCUGAAUGACAAGAUUGUGGUUCACGGAGCUGGCCUCCUUAAAGCUGUACGCCAGAUAUACAAUAUUUUUAUCUAUUCUAAGUCCAGUCAAAACCAGCAGAUCGCCCAGGGAUCGUUGACUCAGAUGGUCAGCACAGUUUUUGAUCGUGUUCGUGUGAGGCUUGAAUUGAAAGAACUACAUAUGCGCGAUGGCGAAAAGGCACAGGGGUCCUCUUCUGACACUGUAACCCUGGAUCCUACGGAAACCCCUCAAACCAAUGAUGAAGACCAAGCGUCUGACGUCGCCUCUGCUACCGUCCCGGAUCAACCCGUUGCUAAGGAGCCUACCGAGAAGUUGACAUUGCAAAGUUUUGAGUCGAACAAAGACAUUACAUCUUUGAAUGAUAAUGCUCCAACGACAGUUACGCGCGCCAAGGCCCGCCAGACCCCAGUGAGGUCCUUAUCGAUUUCAGGGGAGGAGAGAGAAGACGGUGAAGGCUUAGAUGAUGAUGAAGACGAAGUAUAUGUUAAAGAUGCUUUUCUGGUUUUCCGAGCUCUAUGCAAGCUGAGUCACAAGAUUCUUAGCCACGAACAGCAGCAGGAUUUGAAGUCUCAAAACAUGAGAUCAAAACUGUUGUCUCUGCACCACAUUCACUAUCUAAUCAACACUCACAUUGCCGUUUUCACGUCCCCUCUAUUGACGAUCAAGCAAAGCUCCAACAGCUCGGAUGCUAUGACUCUUCUGCAAGCUGUUCGGCCUCACCUUUGCCUAAGUCUUAGCCGAAACGGCUCCAGCUCGGUGCCCAGAGUUUUCGAGGUGUGCUGUGAAAUUUUCUGGCUUAUGCUCAAGCAUAUGAGAGUGAUGAUGAAAAAAGAACUUGAAGUGUUCUUGAAAGAGAUUUAUUUAGCUAUACUUGAGAAGCGAAAUGCGCCCGCUUUCCAGAAGCAGUAUUUUAUGGAAAUUCUGGAAAGAUUGGCAGACGACCCGCGUGCGUUAGUUGAGAUAUAUCUCAAUUACGACUGCGACAGGACCGCACUGGAGAAUAUCUUCCAAAACAUCAUCGAGCAGCUUUCUCGCUAUGCCAGCGUACCAGUCUCUAUUACCGCAGCCCAGCAGCAUCAAUUCCAGGAGCACCAUGUCAAGAUCUCUCGUUUAGGAAUUGAGUGGCACCAACGCGGUACUUUACCUCCGACUCUCACUACCGCGAAUGUAGCCAACAUUCAACAGGCUAAUCUGCAGGGUGUCCCUUCUGAGUAUACGCUCAAACACCAAUCAGUCGAAUCUCUAGUUGAGAUACUGCAAUCAUUAGACAAUUGGGCCUCUCAGCGUAUGGUAGAUCAGACUGUCACUAAUAUAUCGUCUCAGAAAUCCAUUGACAAUUCGAGAGAGUCAUUGGAUACAAAUGCCGGUGCAUUCCUUUCAUCCCCAAGGGUCGAUGUUGCCGAGGGUGGAACCGGUCGGUCAACACCUGUGGCAGAAGAUGAUCCAAGCCAGAUGGAGAAAGUCAAGCAAAGAAAGAUUGCGCUCAUGAAUGCCGUCCAGCAGUUCAAUUUUAAACCUAAGCGUGGCAUCAAACUAUUCAUACAGGAAGGUUUCAUCAAGUCCGAUCCUGCCGAGAUUGCGUCCUUGUUAUUCCGUAAUGACCGGCUAGACAAGGCUAUGGUAGGAGAAUACCUUGGUGAAGGUGACGCCGAGAACAUUGCUAUCAUGCAUGCGUUUGUUGACAUGAUGGAUUUCGCAAAGCGGCGAUUCGUUGAUGCUCUUCGUGGCUUCCUGCAACAUUUCCGUCUGCCUGGAGAGGCACAGAAGAUUGAUCGUUUCAUGCUCAAGUUUGCAGAGCGCUACACAACCCAAAAUCCAAAUGCUUUCGCAAAUGCUGACACGGCUUACGUUCUUGCGUACUCCGUCAUCUUGCUUAACACAGACCUGCACAGCAGCAAGAUGAAGGGUCGUCGUAUGACGAAAGAGGAGUUCAUAAAAAACAACAGGGGUAUCAACGAUAAUCAGGACUUACCUGAGGAAUAUCUUACGUCUAUUUACGACGAGAUUGCAGGCAAUGAAAUCGUUCUUGAUACAGAAAGAGAACACGCCGCAAACGUUGGAAUGCCCACGGGCACACCUGGAGGGUUGGCAUCAAGGGCUGGACAAGUCUUUGCCACAGUAGGGAGGGACAUCCAAGGCGAAAAGUACGCUCAAGCCUCUGAAGAGAUGGCUAACAAGACCGAGCAACUUUAUCGAAGCUUGAUUCGGGCGCAACGAAAAACGGCAGUCAGGGAGGCUCUCUCGAGGUUUAUUCCUGCUACCUCUGUCCGACACGUUGGUUCUAUGUUCAAUGUCACUUGGAUGUCUUUCCUUUCCGGCCUGUCUGCCCCAAUGCAGGACACCCAGAACCUUGAAAUGAUUAAACUGUGCAUGGAAGGAAUGAAGUUAGCUAUCCGAGUUAGCUGUUCGUUCGACUUGGAGACUCCCAGAGUUGCAUUUGUGACGGCUCUGGCUAAGUUCACGAACUUGGGCAACGUUAGAGAAAUGGUGGCGAAGAAUGUCGAGGCUUUGAAAGCUUUGCUUGAUGUAGCACUUACAGAAGGGAACUACCUCAAAAGCUCUUGGAGAGAGAUUCUCACAUGCGUUAGCCAGCUGGAUCGGCUCCAACUUCUCACUGACGGCGUUGAUGAAGGAUCAUUACCUGAUGUUUCGCGGGCGCGUAUCGUGCCUCAAGCAUCAUCAGAUGGUUCCCGCAAAUCCUUCCAAUCAUCAAGACGGCCACGCCCUCGAUCAAUCAAUGGUCCUACAGCCUUCCGCACCGAAGCUGCAAUGGAAAGCCGGUCUGCUGAGAUGAUUAGGGGUGUAGAUCGAAUCUUCACGAAUACUGCCAAUCUCUCUCAUGAAGCCAUCAUUGACUUCAUCCGGGCACUGAGUGACGUAAGUUGGCAAGAGAUCCAAUCUUCCGGACAAACCGACUCUCCACGUACCUACAGUUUGCAAAAGCUCGUUGAGAUUAGUUACUAUAACAUGACGAGAGUUAGGAUAGAAUGGUCCAAAAUUUGGGAAGUCCUUGGACAGCAUUUCAACCUUGUUGGAUGUCACUCUAAUACAACGGUGGUCUUUUUUGCGCUGGACUCGCUUCGUCAGCUGUCGAUGCGCUUUAUGGAGAUCGAAGAGCUUCCAGGGUUCAAGUUUCAAAAAGAUUUCCUCAAGCCAUUUGAGCAUGUCAUGGCUAAUAGCAACGCGGUAACCGUGAAAGAUAUGAUUCUGCGAUGUCUUAUCCAGAUGAUUCAGGCCCGCGGAGAUAACAUUCGCUCUGGUUGGAAAACGAUGUUUGGCGUCUUUACAGUCGCUGCUCGCGAGCCCUACGAGGGCAUUGUGAAUAUGGCUUUCGAACAUGUUACCCAGAUCUAUAACACACGGUUUGGCGUUGUGAUCACACAGGGUGCUUUCCCCGAUCUGGUCGUAUGUUUGACAGAGUUUUCUAAGAACUCGAAGUUCCAGAAGAAGUCGUUACAGGCUAUCGAAACUUUGAAGUCAACUGUCUCAAAAAUGCUCAGAACGCCUGAAUGUCCUCUUUCGCAUCGUGGCUCAUCGGCUGAAGAAUUCCAUCAUGAUGAAAAUACGAACCUUGCCAAGCAACUUAGCCGCCAAUCUAAGGAGGAACAGUUCUGGUACCCUAUCCUAAUUGCGUUCCAAGACGUGUUAAUGACUGGUGACGACCUUGAAGUUCGCUCACGAGCUUUGACAUACCUUUUCGAAACGCUGAUCAGAUACGGUGGUGAUUACCCUCAAGAGUUCUGGGAUGUUCUCUGGAGACAGCUGCUUUAUCCUAUCUUCGUCGUAUUGCAGUCCAAAUCGGAGAUGUCUAAAGUGCCCAACCAUGAAGAGCUAUCUGUGUGGCUAUCCACUACGAUGAUUCAAGCAUUAAGAAACAUGAUCACCCUUUUCACGCAUUACUUCGACGCGUUAGAAUACAUGCUGGGACGCAUACUGGAGCUCCUUACACUAUGCAUUUGUCAAGAGAACGACACUAUCGCGCGAAUUGGCAGCAACUGUUUACAACAGUUGAUCUUGCAGAAUGUUAUGAAGUUCAAACAGGAGCACUGGGAGAAGGUGGUUGGUGCUUUCGUGGAGCUUUUCAGCAAGACCACUGCCUACGAGUUGUUCACCGCUGCUGCUGCCAUCUCUACAAAGUCUUCCGAAUCGCACAAAUCUACUAACGGGGAAGUCGCAAGCAAUGAAGGAGAUACACACGAGACUGCCGAAACAUCCUCAGCACGGGAAGGUCUUACCGAUUCUUCGAAGACUAACGGACUGCAAAAUGUGGCACAUGAGCAUGAGGAAGGGGACAUGCCUACCGCUGCCAACUCUGAGCUGGAGGACUAUAGACCUCAGGCCGAGGUACAGCAACAGCCAGCUGCGGUCACUGUUGCUCGUCGUCGGUACUUCAACCGCAUCAUAACGAACUGUGUCCUUCAGUUGCUCAUGAUCGAAACUGUUCAUGAACUCUUCUCCAACGACAAGGUUUAUGCGCAGAUUCCGAGCCACGAGCUUCUUCGAUUAAUGGGGCUCCUGAAGAAGAGUUACCAGUUUGCGAAGAAAUUCAACGAGGACAAAGAACUCCGCAUGCAGCUUUGGCGACAAGGAUUCAUGAAGCAGCCGCCGAACCUCCUCAAGCAGGAAAGUGGAAGUGCUGCAACCUACGUCCACAUCCUUUUCCGUAUGUACCAUGAUGAGAGGGAGGAGAGGAGGAAUAGCCGUGCAGAAACAGAGGCUGCACUCAUUCCACUCUGUGCCGAUAUAAUUCGCAGUUUUGUCCUUCUUGACGAAGAUUCACAACAUCGAAAUGUGCUCGCCUGGCGUCCUGUAGUGGUAGACGUGCUGGAAGGGUAUACGAACUUCCCUUCUGAAGGCUUUGACAAGCACAUCCAAACCUUCUACCCGCUAUCUGUUGAUCUCCUCGGUCGCGACUUGAACCCUGAAAUACGCAUUGCGCUUCAAUCAUUACUUCGCAGAAUUGGUGAAGCAAAAUUGGGAAUCCCUGCUUCGCAAGCACCUGUUAGCCCGAGAACCUCCGUCUCCCAUCGUAAAGACAGCACCGGGCGUUGAUUGCUUCUCUCAUUUCCCUUAUCUUUUUUAUUAUUCAUUUAUUUUCCCCCGUGUUUUGGAUAUCCCGCCUACCUGAUUGCUUGUCUUUCACUGGAUGGCGACUGUUGUAGACUUACUUUUCUGUGCUUAACCUUUCUAUGUGAGCCGGAUUUUAUAUAUGUAUGUACC